AUGCUCAAAAAGAGGGCUUGCAGAUUUACACCCAGGGUGCUCCAUCCACGGACAGCAGGGUUCGUUGCAGCGUGGGAAGCCUUGCAAGAUGCUGCUAAGGAGCUUCAGUCGAAACCUCCGGUGCUGGUUGAUGUGACCAUGGCAUACGUUGCUCCUGUCUCUGCCAACUUGCCAGAUGAGGACACGUUGGUCAUGGAAUGCAGAGCCUCGGCCAUGGCAGGUCUCCGAUUAGAGAGCCUCAGCUGGAUCUGUUGGCAACAGCAGGCCGAGCACCUCCAGUUCCUCCAGCGCUUCCGAGCUUUGCCAGCGCCCGAAGGGGGAGGAGAGGAGAGCCGCGUUGGAGACAACCUUGGGCAGGAUGUGGAAUUUGCGAAGACAGCGAUGCAACGACUUGACUCGACCGUGACACGGCACUUCUCCUCUCAGCGUUUUGAGCUCGUCAACGAACCGCCAGUUCAGCGCCUGAUCUUCUUGGACCUACGUGCAAGAGAUUGCGAGAGGCAAGGAAUGGCAUUGCUCAUUGGUCGGAACAUAUGCCGGCAAGAUCCCAAGAUCGAAGCAACACGUCAGGCCGGCAGUGCAGCCUCCCCUGGCAAUUUGACACUUGUGUCUGUCGAAUCGCGAGAGGGCUUUGCCGAGAGCAUCGGGGCAAUGUUUCGACUCCGUGGCCGGAAGGCCAAUGCCAUUCCCCCAGUUGCUGCCGCUGGCUCCUUCGACCCGGCUGUGAUGGCGCAUGCUUGCCAAGUCGAAGCUGACGUGCAGAACUUGCCUUCGAGGUGCCUUGGACUGGCAGCGCGGGGCCAUUCGCUGAAAAGUGGUGGCUUUGCGCGCUGGCUCAGUCGCGGACCCAAUUUGCAAUCGCCGCUCUGCUGCGGCUGUGCGGCUGCAGUUUAUGUGACUCAGCAGCGCUCGGAGCUCUUCCUGCUGGGCAUGGGCGGCUUCAACGACAGUUUGCCAACAACCGUUUGGCUUUGCCGAGUCUUUGCAUGCACGAAGUUUUGCAACAAGACUGUGAUUGGAGAAUUGCCGGGAACCGUGCGCGCCAUUUGCGACAUUGCAGAAAGGACCGACCGCUUUGUCCUGCAAAGACAUGAAAGUGUUGCGGUCACUAUCGGAACAGCACCUUCGAUCACGGUCCGCCGGAGCUCUGAGCGCAUUUCGGGCAGCGAGCCUCCUUUUCACCAGCCAUGGACCGGCGAAGGCGCAGACCACAACGUCAUCCCGGCACCGAGAGGCCGGCAGCCGGCAGCCAUCGUGUGCCUCAUGUUUAUAGGCAUGCCGACCCGAUGCAACAUCUCGCAUAAUUUGGUAAUGUACUCGCUGAGGAUGACGCGCAGGGAGAAUGAGAAGGACGGCUGCGGUGCCCACCUGCUCCUUCGGCGGCAUGUUUGCCAUGUUGCAAUGCCACUUUGUCCAGACACGCUGAUGCUUGUUGACGUGAACUCUUCAUGUAUUUGGAGGCCGAUGAGCUUCUGCCUUCCAGAAGACGCGGCGCAAGAUCGGAAAGGAGGGCAGCGCAAAAGUCGCCCUAGCAGCGGCAGUGCCUGCAGCGACGACAGCAUCGCCACCGCCAGCACCUGCCUGCCCGAUGAACGCAUCGCUCAGCUGCGGACAGAGCUCAGCAAGCGCACUGCCAAGCUGGGAGAGUUGGAGACGGAGGCGGCAGAGUUGCGGUCUGCGAAUGACCUCCUGCGCACGGAGUGCCAGCGCAGCAAGUGCAACCUCGACCAGCUGCUGUCUGAGAACGACCUUCUGCGAAAAGAGUGCCACGACAGCAACUGCAAGCUGCAGGUCGAAAUGUCUUUGAGAAAAAUGCAAUGCCGCAAGCUGCGGAUUUCCAACAAGAGGCUGCGGGAGGAGUGCCAAGACACGAAGCAGCACCUCAAAGACGCGGUCGACCUCAACGCCUCCCUGCAGAGCAAGCUUCAGUUGGCCGAGACGAGGUUGAAAGAGAAGAGGCACCUGCCUGGCGGGCCACAUCGGCCCGAUGAUGAUUCGACUUGCGUGCCGGAGGGCGACGACCUAUUCGAGGACUCCGCCAUGUCCGAUGCGACCCCCGGCUCCAGUGGGUCCAGCAGGUCCAGCAGGUCCAGCGAGGACCCUGAGACUGAGACCACGUGCUCUUCAUGCAACACGGAGGCUGCAGCCUGGGAGGAGAAGUAUCGGUCCAUCGAGGCCGCCCUCCACGAAGCGCGCAGCCAGCUGGCGUCGGAGCAGGAGCGCUUCGCCGACCUCGACUCGGAGUUCGGAGAGGCUGCGCCACCUCCCGUCAGCUGGCGUCGGCGAAGAUGCGCUGCGCCGAGCUGGAGUCGGAGUCAAGCGCGCACGAAGCUCAAGCAGAGCAAUUGA